CUCUCUCUCUCUCUCUCUCUCUACCUCUCUCUCUCUCUCUCUCUCUCUCUCUCUCUCUCUCUCUCUCUCUCUCUCUCUCUCCCUCUCUCUCUCUCUCUCUCUCUCUCUCUCUCUCUCUCUCUCUCUCUCUCUCUCUCUCUCUCUCUCUUUCUCUCUCUCUUUCCUCUUUAGAGAUGAGCGUGAGUUUACCAAUGGUUCAGUAUGUCUGGAGUGUGACAGCCAGUGUGAGAAGUCUCAGGACAAGACCAUGACCUGCCUCGGAACGGGCCCAGAUCAAUGUGUGACCUGUCUUCACUUCAAAGACGGGCCCAACUGUGUGGAAAAGUGCCCCGAUGGCCUCCAAGGCACCAACAGCUUCAUCUUCAAAUAUGCCGAGGCCAACAACGAGUGUCACCCCUGCCACGCCAACUGCACCCAAGGCUGCAUUGGGCCUCGGCUCCAAGACUGUGUUGGAAUGAUGGACAGGACGCCCCUGAUCGCGGCCCUGGUGAUCGGUGCUCUGUUUGUCAUCGUCAUCGUGGCGCUGAGCGUGGCGGUCUACGUGCGCCGUAAGAGCAUCAAGAAGAAGAGGGCUCUGCGCCGCUUCCUGGAGACAGAGUUGGUGGAGCCCCUGACCCCUAGCGGCACGGCCCCCAACCAGGCCCAGCUUCGCAUCCUCAAAGAGACAGAGCUCAAGAGGGUUAAGAUCCUCGGCUCGGGAGCCUUCGGCACAGUCCACAAGGGUAUCUGGGUCCCUGAAGGAGAGACAGUAAAGAUCCCAGUGGCCAUAAAGAUCCUGAACGAGGCUACGGGGCCCAAAGCAAACGUGGAGUUCAUGGACGAGGCUCUGAUUAUGGCCAGCAUGGAGCACCCCCACCUGGUGCGUCUCCUGGGGGUCUGCCUGAGCCCCACCACACAGCUGGUCACGCAGCUCAUGCCCCACGGCUGCCUCCUCGACUACGUCCACGAACACAAGGACAACAUCGGCUCCCAGCUGCUGCUCAACUGGUGUGUCCAGAUCGCCAAGGGCAUGAUGUAUCUGGAGGAGAGAAGGCUGGUCCACAGAGAUCUGGCAGCCCGUAAUGUUCUGGUCAAGUCCCCCAACCACAUCAAGAUCACAGACUUUGGCCUGGCCAGACUGCUGGACGUCGACGAGAAAGAGUACAACGCAGACGGGGGCAAGAUGCCCAUUAAGUGGAUGGCGUUGGAGUGUAUUCACUACAGGAAGUUCACACACCAGAGUGAUGUGUGGAGCUACGGUGUGACUAUCUGGGAGCUGAUGACUUUCGGAGGGAAGCCGUAUGACGGCAUCCCCACACGGGAGAUCCCAGACAUCCUGGAGAAGGGCGAGCGUCUGCCUCAGCCCCCCAUCUGCACCAUAGACGUCUAUAUGGUCAUGGUUAAAUGCUGGAUGAUAGACGCAGACAGCAGGCCCAAGUUCAAGGAGCUGGCUGCAGAGUUGUGUAGGAUGGCCCGGGAUCCCCAGAGAUACCUGGUCAUCCAGGGGGAUGACCGUAUGAAGCUGCCCAGCCCCAAUGACAGUAAGUUCUUCCAGAGCCUGUUGGAUGAGGAGGAUGUGGAGGACUUUAUGGAUGCUGAGGAGUACCUGGUUCCCCAUCACUUUAACAUGCCUCCACUAUCAUACACAGCCAGGCUCCGCGUCGACUCCAACAGGAACCAGUUUGGGUACCGGGACGGUUCAGGCUCGACCCCUGAGGAGGGCCUGGCAUUGGGAGGGUCCCCGGCUUGUGUCUCCUCUCCAGAUCCUGCAGGCAGGCAGGGGGCAGCCCUGGACGCCCUGGAGGACCAGCGCUGCAACGGCACGCUGCUCAAGAAGAAGCCCCAGACGAGGCCCGGGGCAGAGGACAACAACGGGCAGCGCUACAGUGCCGACCCGACCGUGUUCCUGGGGCCCCGGGGGGACACGGACGAGGACGGCUACAUGACCCCCAUGAAGGAUAAGACCUCGUCAGACUAUCUGAAACCGAUUGAGGAGAACCCAUUCGUGGCGCGGCGCAAGAACGGCGAGGUCCACGCCCUGGACAACCCGGCCUACCACAGCACACCCAACAGCCAUCCCAAGGGGGGCGAAGACGAGUACAUCAACGAGCCUCUCUACCUCAACACCUUUCACAACCCCGGAGACCUGGUCCUGAGAAAGAACGGUGGUCUCCCAUCGCAGAGUACAGCCUCGACUAUCAGUACUGGCUCCUAUCCCCAACUCACCAUCCAGACUGGCCUUCCUUACUACCCCGUCGUACCGACAGAGAGCGCCCCUUCUGGGCUGCAGGGAGGCUGCCAUCACCCACCGCCGGGUCACCACAUUCACAAGCUCCACAGUGUUGGUGUCAAACCUGGCCACUCGGUGCUAUCUGGCAACUCACCACAACAGACCCACCUGGGCCUUCAGGGACACCAGUCCCACCUGAUCCAGUGUGGUGGUGGGCCCUCUGCCACCCAUGUUUCCCACCCUGAAAGGUCAACUGUCAAGAAAGGUCCCAUCUCCAUGUCGGCGCCCGAGGACCAGAGAAGUGUUAUAGCAGCCUACCAGGGGCACACCACCCACCCUGGCAGUGUACUGAAGCAGGGACAGGGGCACCAGGCGGGAGGCAAACCGGCAGGCAAGAAGCUCAAGGUGACCUUUGACAAUCCAGAGUACUGGCAGCACAGCCUGCCACCCAAGCCGUUGAACAGCGCUACAAACCAGGCGGGCAGCACCCUUGAGGCGGGAACCACCAAUGGCAUGUUGUUCUACAAACGGAAUGGCUGCAUCAGGCCGGUGGUGGCCGAAAACCCAGAGUACCUAUCAGAGUUCUCGUCCAAUCUCAAGCCGGGCACAGUUCUUCCCCCUCCCCCGUACCGACAGAGGAACACUGUGGUAUAGAAGUGAGGUCCCAACCCACCUUCCUCCAGCUCCUGGGCCAGCCAGUACCCAGCCUUCUCCGGUUCCUCUGUCCCUUCCUCAGUCCCUCAAACAGUCACGAGAGCCUCCCGAAAAACCCCUCCCCACGACAUCCCACCAUCCAUCACCUGCGCUAACUAGCUAACUAGCUAGCGUUCUCCAGAGAAGGAGCUAGCAGACCCUACUCAGAGUGCCACCAACCAACACACUACCAGGCUCCACCUCCUUAUCUCCACUCUAGCCCCUAACUGGUGCUGUAACAACAGUAAAUACUGCUCUAGGUAAAGACCAGUGCUGUUAUCCUCUGACGCUGUAUAUAAGCUGGACUGGCAGCGGUGGUGGUGGUUGUGAAAGGAGCAUCGAGGAGCCACGCAAUAUGGAGGUAGUACGACCAUAUGUACUGUUCUCUACACAGACAUGGAUGGUGUCAGGACUCUCAGGACGGUACGAGGGAACCACGAUGAGGAACGCAGACGGACAAGAUGAAGCGUGUCGAAAAAGAGGGGUUGUACCGAGCACAGUGUUUUACAUGACUGUUGUUGAGACAAAAUGAACUGGAGAGAGAGAGAGAUGGACAGACAACCAACCACUACUGUAUGUUGAAAUGUUCCUCACUAAGGAGCUGCAAAAUGAACUGGAGAGAGAGAGAGAGAUGGACAGACAACCAACCAGUACUGUAUGUUGAAAUGUUCCUCACUAAGGAGCUACAAAAUGAUCUGGAGAGAGAGAGAGAUGGAAAGACAACCAACCACUACUGUCUGUUGAAAUGUUCCUCACUAAGGAGCUACAAAAUGAUCUGGAGAGAGAGAGAGAUGGACAGACAACCAACCACUACUGUAUGUUGAAAUGUUCCUCACUAAGGAGCUGCAAAAUGAACUGGAGAGAGAGAGAGAGAUGGACAGACAACCAACCAGUACUGUAUGUUGAAAUGUUCCUCACUAAGGAGCUACAAAAUGAUCUGGAGAGAGAGAGAGAUGGAAAGACAACCAACCACUACUGUAUGUUGAAAUGUUCCUCACUAAGGAGCUACAAAAUGAUCUGGAGAGAGAGAGAGAGAUGGACAGACAACCAACCACUACUGUAUGUUGAAAUGUUCCUCACUAAGGAGCUACAAAAUGAUCUGGAGAGAGAGAGAGAGAGAGAGAGAGAGAUGGACAGACAACCAUCCACUACUGUAUGUUGAAAUGUUCCUCACUAAGGAGCUACAAAAUGAUCUGGAGAGAGAGAGAGAGAUGGACAGACAACCAACCACUACUGUAUGUUGAAAUGUUCCUCACUAAGGAGCUAAAUAUUGUAGAUAUUGCAUCACCAUCACUUCAGUGUUACUCACCUCUUACAGUAUUUACGGUAACUAACUCUGUUGUGACCAAGCCUUGUACCAUUUUCAACAUGUUUUAUUUAAUGUUUGUUCUAUUUAAUUUUCACAAUUAUUCAUAUAAUGUGUUAAAAACAACAACUACUUACCUGUAUGUACAACGCAGGUCAUCCAUUGGAUAAUUUUUGGGGGUGUGGCGUUCACUGUUACGUUGUUCACUUGAAAGCUCUUAUCACGUCUAAACUACUAUAAACCACGUGGGUAGCUUAACUUGAAAGCUCUUAUCAAGUCUAAACUACUGUAAACCACGUGGGUAGCUUAACUUGAAAGCUCUUAUCAAGUCUAAACUACUAUAAACCAUGUUGGUAGCUUAACUUGAAAGCUCUUAUCAUGUCUAAACUACUAUAAACUAUGUGGGUAGCUUAACUUGAAAGCUCUUAUCAUGUCUAAACUACUGUAAACCACGUGGGUAGCUUAACUUGAAAGCUCUUAUCAUGUCUAAACUACUGUAAACCACGUGGGUAGCUUAACUUGAAAGCUCUUAUCAUGUCUAAACUACUGUAAACCAUGUUGGUAGCUUAACUUGAAAGCUCUUAUCACCUCUAAACUACUGUAAACCACGUGGGUAGCUUAACUUGAAAGCUCUUAUCAUGUCUAAACUGCUGUAAACCAUGUUGGUAGCUUAACUUGAAAGCUCUUAUCACGUCUAAACUACUGUAAACCACGUGGGUAGCUUAACUUGAAAGCUCUUAUCAUGUCUAAACUACUGUAAACCACGUGGGUAGCUUAACUUGAAAGCUCUUAUCAAGUCUAAACUACUGUAAACCACGUUGGUAGCUUAACUUGAAAGCUCUUAUCAUGUCUAAACUACUGUAAACCAUGUUGGUAGCUUAACUUGAAAGCUCUUAUCAAGUCUAAACUACUGUAAACCAUGUGGGCAGCUUAACAAAUAACUCUGUAAAAGUUCAUUUAUCACUGGCUUCAAUGGAAUGACAUAGGAUUUUUUCUCAAUAAUGUCUCGGAAGAGAUUCAUCACUGCGAGGAAAUUAUGUUAUGCAGAUUGUGGCCUGACACAGGGACACAGAUUUUGUAGUAACAGUUUUCAAUGCAAAUGAGAGGAUAAUGAGGAGGACUCUUGUAGCAUUAUAACUCGCUACGGUCUGCAUAAUGACCAGUGGCUGAGACGCAGAGAGAGGAGGUGGAGGGUGUCCUAGUGGAGGCCUGGAUAAAUGGAUGAGCAACAGAUUCCAUAUAGACAGAUUCACAUGGAGGG